UUUGAGUUUAUACUUCUUCUUGUCUGAAACAGAACUCACAUUCCCAAAAAGCUUCCGUUUUUUUUUUUGCUUUCUUUCUUUUAGGGUCAAAACACAAACCCUAGAGAGAAACAGUUAAUCUCGUCCUCUCUUUGCAACGACGAUGUUGAGCGAUUAUGGUAUAACGGAGGAAGACAUGGUAAUCGAGGAAGCUCAGGGCUACCCGAUAUCUUACGCAAAGCUCUGUCGCGACUUCGAUGCUUCUCCGUACAGAAACGGUCCUCCUUUCACCUUCACGCCGUACAUUCUGCAACACAACGAGAGUUCAAGAUGCAGAGAAGUAGAUCAGAUGUUCCCUGUAAUUGAUCCGAAAGCAAGACCAACAACGAAACCUAAGAUCUUCUUAAGUCUCCUAUGGAAACAACUUAAUCAUCUAGGCAAUGCUGGGUUUGAUCCGGCUGUUAUUCGGAUUGAUCCGUAUGGGAAUGUUCUUUACUUCCACGCUGACUCAGCUUCUCCUCUCGCUUGGGGUUUUGAUCAUUGGUUCCCUCUCUCAAGAGGAGGUUUAACAGUACCAAGCAACUUAAGGAUAGUCCAAUGGCAAGCACGCAAGAACAAAAAAGGCAAACUCGAGUUCCUAGUACCAUGGUGGGAUCUUCAAGUUGGCAUCUCAGUGAAUCAGUUCCUGUCUAUUUUCGCAGCUUCGAGUUCCGAUUUCAAGAGGAGAGCGUUUUCAUUCUUGUUCAAACAAGGUGAAAGCGAGGAACUUAACGGCUCGCAAACUGUUGACUCGCAUAGUUUCCCACAGCAUUUUGUUGAAUCAAAAGAGAAGUGUGGACUUGCUUCAGCUGCGGUUGUUGUUUCAAGAAGAGAACCUUAUGACCCUUCACUAGUGUUGAGGUCUCUCGAUCCCAAUCGUCAAACACCUGCAAGGAAGAUGAGAGUGGGUGCAAUGAAAGAGAAUGAGACUCCAGACUUGAUGAAGAAUCCGUAUCAAGCAAUUGUUGCUGCUAGGGACUCACUGAGACACCGAGAGGAAGCACAGAAUAUGAGAGCUGAGAUGAAGAAGUUAGAUGAAGAGAUGAAUGAUUUGAAAAGAAAGAACAGCGAAGAGCAGGUAACCAUACAGGAGCUGGAGAGUGAGCUGAUUAAGCGGAGAAGAAGAGCUGAAAAGGGAAGGAGAUUGGCAGAAGCUCAAUGCUCGUAUAGGAAUACACUUGAGAAGAUGAUCCGUGAUGCCAUGCACCAGAGUGUUGUGUAUAAGGAACAAGUGAGGUUAAACCAGGCUGCAAGUAGUGCACUUAUGGCGAGGUUAGAGGCGCAGAAGGCGAUUUGUGAUGGUUCGGAGAAAGAACUUCACAAGAAGUUUAAAGAAAGAGAGGAGCUGGAGAAUCAGAAUCAGGUGAGGCCUGAACUUGAGAAAGCAAGGAAAAGAUCAAGAUUUUUGCUGAAAGAUGAAGAUGACUUGCUGCUAGAAGAUAGAGACAGUAAGUUGUCUUUACAUCUUCCUGGAACAAGCGAAGAAACGUCUUUGGAGUUGAGAGUUUGCUCUGGAGAAGAACAUAAAGCAGCAGCUUCUGAGGCUGAAACUCAGAAGAAGCAUGGGGAGAUAGAAGAGGUGGAAGAGGAGCAGAAGAUUCAAGAGGUGUCUGAGAGGUCUCUGGUUGCGUUGGAAGAGAAGAGAGGCAGCAGAAGAAGCUUCAGAGCAUUUCCUGUUUUCAAGGAACAAGAGAUUGAGGAAGAUGAGGAAAGCAGGAGAGAGCGAGGGAAAGGAAACGUUGAGAAAUGGCUCCACAUAUUACUUGACAACAACAACAAAACCAAUCCACAGGAUCUUCAAGCUGAAAGAAACAAGAAGAUUGAUGAAAUGAUAGAGAGACUAGACCACAAGUUCCCUCUGCUUAACAAAGUCAAUGAAGAAGAUGCUGUGGAGGAGGAAACAAGAACUGAAAGCUCACGUAGAAGCAGAAUGAGUUUUGAUCUGAAGAACACAACGCCAGAGAAGAAGAGUGGCAGAGAUAAAGUGGUGAAGAGAUCAGAGAGUGCACGAGCUUUCAGAAGGAUUCCAUCAUCUCCAUCACUCAUCUUUGGAAUGAAAAUGGGACUUAAUAAGAAGCCAGUUGUUUCAGGUCAUGACGAUGAGAAUGAAUACCUCGUUAAGAACAACUUCAUCAAGUCAUCUCUCCAAACAAUCAAACGAGCUGUCAAAUUCUAAACCAACAUUUUUUUUCAUUACAUGGAUUUGUUUUGGUUUGUGUACAAAAAAAAGACUUCCUUCCUUCCUCUAUGUGUAAUAAUAAUUAAUAACAGCUUGUUGUGUUGUUUUCAGUUUUCAAGACAUUGAUUUUCUCCACCUAGAAGGUGUCCUUCC